AUGCCGCGUCCCCUCCACAGAGGCCUCAUCAGCAUCUAUGCAUCUUCUGCGUCAACAGUGGACGAUCUUCUCGAUCUCGUCGGCAAGGGACUGGAGGGCGAGUACACAAAAGAGGAGUCGAGCAAGAUUUCAGAUCGCAUCGACCGGCUGGAGGAGGUUGGUAGAGGACGCGAUUACCUUGAGGAUCCUCGGCUAGUGGGCUACUAUCGUGUUCAGUACGUGCAAGACGUGGGCAGAGGACGACCAGUGGGUGGGAACUUUCGGUAUACAGCAGCAGGAAGAGCAUUGUUUAAAACAACCGAUGCCCUGCAGCACAUUCUUGACAAGGGAGUCGCCGUCAACAUGCUCUACCUCAAGUUCCUUGGCUCCAUUCCAGCAUGCGUCGUCUUGCGAGGCGAUUUCGAGCAGCUGUCAGACGCUGAGCGAGCGCAAGUGGAGGUCAAGUUCCAGACGCCUCCCCCCGGGUUGUCUCCUCAAACUAUUAAGGCUUCCUUCGAUUCUCCCCGCAUCUCCUUCGGGCCCUCCGGUCUCUUCACUUUCAACGUUGGACCGACGACGACAGUAUACCUCGACACCAUUUACCUCGACGAGCGGAUCCGGAUCGGGAAGAACCGAUAUGGAGGACGCUUCGUCUUCACGAGGCUAGGGGAAGCGGAAUGUCUCCCUGGAUCGCCAGCAGACGCCUGGAGGAAGUUUCUUGCUCAGUCACCAGGCGAAGUGUUCCUUCCGCCAAUCCUCCAUGACGCCUGUUUGACAGGAGGAGCAAGUCAAGAUUAG